CUUUUUAAAUUUUAAAACUCCCUACCAGAGCGUUGUCUUCCAACUUCAAGAAUUAUUUUUUUGAAUAAAAAAAUUUCUAAAUCUCAUCGUAAUUAUUGAUGAUUAGUAUCAGAUUUUUUUACAGAAAAGCUUUAAUUUGAAUUCAGAGAGAGAAGAAAGGAUAUUCGAGCUUUUUUUACAGAGAGAGUGAGGAAGAGAAGUGCUGAUCGGAGCGAGCAUUACUCGGAUUUUACAGAAAGAAAGUUGUCAUUGACGUUUCAUUCAUUCAGUACAUAUAUAUACGUAUUUGUGGAUAGCGAGAGAAGAGAGGUGCUGAACUCUGAGGGAGAGAGUAGUGAGGAAGCGAGGAGAGAGAGAAGGAUGAACGGGAGGCAGAGAUCUGGUGCGACUGGGGUUCACCAUCAGAGACAGUACUCUGACAACUUCUUGGAGACGUCUUCUAAUGGGAAAUGGCUUCAAUCUGCUGGUCUCCAGCACCUUCAUUCAUCUACUAAUGCAAUCCCUCCACUUCAGGACUAUGGAUUCUAUGGUGGUGGCGGUGGUGGUGGCGGUGGUGGAGGGCAGGGACAAAGAAUGUAUCGGAAUGCACAAAAGGGUUUCGGUGGAGGAAACGAGUUUCAUGCCGAGCCUAGUACUCCUCCAGUUGGUUCUCGUCCUUCAAGCCAGAGAAAGAACGGAGAUGACUCGCCCAGUGACUUUAGUCCUGGCCUCUUAGAUCUGCAUUCUUUUGAUACGGAACUUAUUCCAGAGGUAAGCCUUCUCUGGUUCGGGCAGAAAUUGCAUACAUGA